AUUUCAAACCCUUAGUGGCUACCGUACAAAUAAUCUUUCGACAGUUUCGUCGGACUGCGCAUGUUUUGACAGCUGAACGGCUUUUUUUACCAGUAAUUUUUACAAGAUUUACAAAUAUUAUUGAGAUAUCGAAUUCUAUAACUAGCUAUGGCGUGCGCACAAGAGGAUCGCCUGAUGACCGCUGCCAUAGAUUUUGGCACGACCUACUCGGGCUAUUGCUUCUCGUUUCGCCACGACUUUGAGAACGACCCCCUCAAGGUCUCGGCCAACACUUGGACGGCGGGGACGGCUGGCCUCGUGUCCCUCAAAACCCCCACCACCGUACUACUGGACAGCAACCAGGAGCUGGUGGCGUUCGGAUACGAAGCGGAAGAUCGCUACGCGGAGUUAGCGGAAGAUGAGGAGCAUGCAGAAUAUUACUACUUCCGGCGAUUCAAGAUGACCUUGUUUCAGUCAUCAUCUCGACUGACGCGAGACACCAUGCUAAAAGAUAUGGCCGGUGGAAAGCAAGUUAAAGCCAUAAAAGUAUUUGCACAUGCUAUCCGGUAUCUGAAGGACCAUAUGUUGAAUACUCUGGAGCAGCGAGGCGCGGGAAUCAAGGCCAAGGACAUUAACUGGGUGCUGACGGUUCCCGCAAUCUGGGAGGACCCUGCUAAGCAGUUCAUGCGGGAGGCUGCAGAAGAGGCAGGAAUAAGCCGUAAUCAGCUCAUGAUAGCGCUUGAACCCGAGGCAGCCUCUUUGUUCUGUAAAUAUCUGCCCAUAGAAAAGCUACAGGGCUCGGAAGGAGGAAUCGGUGCUUUUAAGCCCGGAAGUCGAUAUCUUGUGCUUGAUGCAGGAGGAGGAACUGUCGAUAUCACUGUACACGAGGUUCAGUUCAAUGGAACGUUGAAGGAGCUGGACAAAGCUAGCGGUGGGGCCUGGGGCGGGACUAGGGUGGACGAGUCCUUCAAAGAAAUGCUGGAGGAGAUAGUGGGCGGGGGCAUGCUGGAAGAGUUCGCCUUGUCGCACACUGCCGACUACAUCGAUCUGUUCAGAGAUUUCGAAACCAAAAAACGCAACGUCAAAGACGACUCCCCCGGGAAAAUCACCCUACGAAUACCAAUCACUUUACAAGAGUUGUACGAGGAACGAGGAGAGGGAGAAAUUAAGAAGAAGAUUCGUCAAACCAAAUACAAAGAUGACCUCACGUGGGUGGGCGAUCGUCUGCGCAUCGACAAACCCCGUUUUGUUGAGCUGUUCUCGGCUGCGUGUGAUGGGAUGGUGGAUCACGUGAAAAAGUUGCUGAAAUCACCCAAAGUUCGAGGCACAAACAACAUCCUGAUGGUUGGAGGAUUUUCUGAAUCCCCGUUGCUACAAAAAAGGAUUCGAGAGGAAUUCCCAAGUUGUCGAGUGAUCAUUCCUCAGGAAGCUGGGUUAGCGGUGUUGAAAGGCGCCGUUAUAUUUGGACACCAGCCUGCCACAAUUGCAGCACGUAUUUCAAAAUACACCUACGGGAUAUCAACCAACACAAAAUUUGAUCGCAGUAAACAUCCCAUGUCGAAAUUGAAAAUGGUAGAAGGCAAAGAGAAAUGUAAAGACGUUUUUGAUAAACAUGUCUCAAUAGGACAGUUACUGGAAAUAGACGAUGUACAGAGUGAAAAGAGUUACUGGCCUUUGUAUUCAAACCAGACCCAGGUGUCACUGCCCGUUUAUACAUCUACGAUCGAGGAUCCGUCAUUCGUUGAUGAGCCCGAGUGUUGUUAUCUUGGAAAGUUAACCGUCGAUAUUCCUAAACACGGUUCUGAUAAAGAAGUAUCGUCUAGUUUCAUCUUUGGAGGAACUGAACUUAAAGUACAAGCCGUUGUCAAAAGCACGGGGGAAACCACAAGUGCUAAUUUUGACUUUUUAGAAGGAGAGCCCUAGUCGUAAAAACUACAGAGUGCGCAAUAAACUGCUGGAAUGGAAGAAUUAAGGCCACUUCGCAAAUUCGUCAUAUUUCUUGACACAAGUGAACUACUUGACAGACUGAUUGUUCAUUUGUUAUUAUAGUCUUAUGUUCUACAAAUUAUAUUUUACAAUAAAUUCUAGCAACACAUGGCA